AUGCUCUUUGCUAAUGAGAACCUAGAUCCCGUGAUGCUUGCUGCGGGCUUUCUCAAGUACGUGGAGGAGUACAAACAGUAUGCUGGUAAGGUUUUCAAAUCUGCUGUUUUGCCCAUCAACCCAAGGGGCUCAGACUCGUGGAAGUGCCCUCUAGUUGGCUGGGUUAAGAUCAACACAAAUGUCCAUUUUCCUGGUGGGUGUACAAUAGGUUUAGGUGUGGUUAUAAGGGAUGAGAAUGAUUCCCUCCUUGUCGUGGCUGCCAAAAGAUCUCACGCAAAUUCCCCAAAGUGUGCUAAAGCGUUGGCUAUGCGUUAUGCCCUCCUACUUGCUCAAAGAUUAGGUUUUCCUCGUGUGUGGUUGGAGUCGGAUGCUAUUAAUGUUAUUCAUGCUGUUCGUAUGAAUGAUGGUGGAAGAGCUCCUAUUAAUAUUAUUUUUGAUGAUAUUAUUAAAGAUAGUCUGUCUUUUGUUGCCUGUAAUUUUACCCAUAUCAAGCGCAAAUGUAAUAUCGUUGCCCAUCUUGCCGCAAGAUAG